CAUUCGACGACAUCUGCAGUGCGAUGAUACCCUUCAACCUUGUUUAUUGAUAUAACAAAAAUACAUUCUCGAUUUCCAUGAUUACCCCUAUGCAUGCCCAGCGCAGUCGGCUGCAUCUGAAGGGCGGCACAUGGCAUUGCAACGGAGUUCCUAGCAUACAGCAUGGCUUCAUUUUCCAGCACUCCUUUACAUCAUUUUGCUAUUUUUACCUUUGUUGCCUGGAAAUCGUUGGUUGGGGGUUGGUUAGGCCCACCAAAGCAGGCUCUCUUGUAUCAAGCAUUAGUCGGACGCAAAGUCCUUUGAGAUGCACAAUCGGUAUGGCGUGGUUGCGACGAGCAACAGAGCACGGCGGGCAAAUGCGGACGUGGCGGCUAUUUGGAACGCUCUGAGACGGGUGUGGUUACCUCAUUUGAUUCAUCAGGCGCAAUAUGGCAAACAGUCAGGGCGUAACAGCUUCACAUUGUGUGUUGCAUGUGGGAGAUUAGGUGCACAAGGAUAUGUCGACUUCGGUCAUCGAAAGCACAUUCACUCGAGAGGUCUCAUACGCAAAUGCAAUAAACUUGUGUCUCCCUACAACUAUCAAGCCGCGCCUUGCAAGGCCUUUUAUGCUCCUUUUGUGAAUGAUCUGUUAAUACCCCCCUUUUCAACCUACACUUGCAGUUGCCGAGCUGGGCACCCUCUCAUAGACACCAAGUUAACGAGUGAUCAACACACGAGGAACACACAUUGUUUGCCCCAUCGUAGCAUGCAAAAUUUCGUCACUGCCCUAAGUGCCAGCCAGAGUUCAUCCUCUGUGGGCAUUGUCUACUCAAACUUUCCAAGAACGCUUCAUAAUGCUUUACAAUUACACUCUCGAUCACAUACGACCAUAGGAUCAAGAAAAUUGAGGGUCCCGUCCGCUCCCCUGUACACAAGCUUGAUACCGCCGGAUCAGUAGUUGGGUCGGUGACGACCAGCGAAUCCCCGGU